AUGAAUAUUUCGGGUAUUUUGAUUCUUAGUAUUGUUACACUACUUGUAAUACAAUGUGAAGGAGCUAGUAAGAAAAUGAUAUGUAGGGCUAUCAGAAAAAUAGAUUGUCAUCAAUAUACACAUAAUGAAAAUUGUGGUACCAAUGGCAUAACCUAUAUCAAUGCAUGUCACUUUGCUCAAGCUAAAUGUAUCAACGAAUCUGUUAAAGUUGCUCAUGAAGGUCACUGUUCAUCAAAUACUGAAGAACGUGGCGGGUUUGAUUUGAUUCUACAAGUGCCAUACACAGAGGUGAACUGUGUGAUAAGCUCUACAAAAUCAAAUUUUGUGGCUGAAAUUAUCUGGUUUUUCCGCUGCAUCGAACCGAUGUUUGCUAAACCAGGAAAAACCCACGCGUGUAAAAAUAUAUUUGUGUACAACUUUUCAUAA